AUGCCUACGCGGGGGCGGAAGACAGCCUCACCCAAACAGCCAAUCAGAAGGGCCAGCCAAGCAAAUUCACUCCUUCUGCGCGCCUUCCCCAUCCCCAUACACAUCUUGCAAUACACCACUUUUACACGUGUCGUCCCCGGCAAGGACAAGUCCACUUCCUUCUCCGGGUCUCCGACUCACGGUGCGGUGCGACCGACCUUGCCGGUACGUGCCUGGCGCCCCAACUUGCAGAUUGUCAGACCGCACAGGACGGUCUGUCCCGCAGGGAACAGACUUAUAACCAACGAGCGACGACGAGUAAACGAGGAGUCAUCGGUCUCCUACACAGAUCUCACCCCAACUUGCAGAUCUCACCCCGAUUCAUUCUUGCUGGCCUCUCGUUUAAACCCUCGCACCGUGGGAGCCAACCCCUGA